UCUCUCUCUCUCUCUCCCCAGUCUCCCCCCUCCUCCUUUCCCCUCUUUUGUUGUUGCCACUGAUCGCUGGCAGCGCUGCCUAGCAACCAGGAAACACUUCAGUGUGUGCGUGAGAGACACUAAACGCGUGAGCUGCUGUGGAGUGCUGCACCGCACAAGACCGCGUACGAGACAAGAUACAGCCACCACAACGUAGCAAGCAUCACUGCUUUUGAGACACACCUGGAUACAGUGAGGUUAUUUGGAUGAUAUAAUCUGCUGACGUAAUUCGUCUCAGCCAGUUCAGUGCAAUGGCCUCCAGUGGGGUUAGCACUCUGCUGCCCCCUGUGAAGAGUGUGGUGGUGUACAGGAAUGGAGAUCCUUUCUUCACAGGGAGGAGGUUCAUUGUGAACCACAAGCAGACCUCCACCAUGGAAGCGUUCCUAAAUGACGUAACAGUCAGUAUUGGAGCCCCACUGGCCGUCCGGACUCUAUACACCCCACGGCAUGGUCACAGGGUGCCCGACCUGGAACAUCUCCAGCAGGGGGCGCAGUAUGUAGCUGCAGGCUUCGAGAGGUUCAAAAAGAUUGAUUAUCUGAGUGUGGGUCUGAAAAGAGCACCAGUGGUCAGGGCUGGAGAGGCCAAAGUGCUCAGCAGGCCCAACGUGUCUGCAAAGUGGAGGAAAGUCAUAACGCUGCCCUGCAUUAUACAUGUGUUUAGGAAUGGUGACGUUCUGAGCCCUGCCAUGCGCUUCAUCAUUCCUCGCAGCUUGCAGAAAAAUCUGGAACAGAUCCUCAGCCUCAUUUCAGAGAAGGCCAUGCUGCGCACUGGAGCUGUCCGCAGGUUGUGCAAUCUGGACGGCAUCACGGUGACGUCAGUGGAGGAGCUGGAGAGCGGGCAGUGUUAUGUUGCCGUGGGAACGGAGCGUUUCAAGAAGCUUCCAUAUGUAGAGCUGCUGCUGAACAAAGGACCAGGAGGCAGUGCAGACAGACAUUAUGCAGGAGAUCGGGGGCUGCACAGGAGAUCAGAGGUCAGGAAGGCCUUUCCUCAGGACAGCCACAGUGACUCUGCACUGCUCGACUCACCUGAGAGGGACGACCGGCGGGUGAAGUCGACAGGUGACGAGGCGGCAGGGGGGAGUCCCUCUCAGCCGCUCCGGAGGAGAGCAGGGGAGGGCGAGAGAGAGGACAGUUCAGUGUUCUACGCCAAACCCGUCAGAGUCCGCAAACACAGACCUGCACACAGACCUACAGCCAGAGCAGCAGCAGGCCAGCCAAGUGUGUUUAAGGGUGUAGGCAGGAGAAGAGAGGAAGUGCGAGGAGCUGCGGAGGUGGCAGAGGAUGAGAGCACAGCCACAGAGCUCCCUGUGGACCAGAGAGCUGCUGAAGUGGUUGAGGAUGAGGAAUUUUACAAGAGCCAACCAGAAACAAAUCACCAUCAGGAGCAUCAGACACAAGCACCUGAAGAGCCCAUGGCAUCAUCGAGACACUCCAGCCCGUCUCCUAGCGACAGAGAGGACCAGGCGCCCGACACAGAGACGUCACAGAGAGCGAGCUUUUCUCCAACACAAACACAAAACGACAAGAAAUUCACUGAAGAUUUACAACAUGAAGGAAGAGGCCAAGCUGAUAAAGAUGGAGGUUCCCAUGAUGCAUAUCCAGUGAGGGCCGCACAGCACAGUCCAGUGGCUGACCAUGCUGAAGGAACCCAGAUGUCCUCAUCUGAACAGACAGAGUGACCUGCUCGACAGGGUUAUGUAUAGGGGAGGGUCUAGCUGAUGUCCAGUCACACUUUUAACAUGACCUAUCAGUACAUCUACACCAUUCAUCAAAAAUUUGAGGACACCUGGUCUGAGUACAUGAUUUUCACUGCUACUUUCCCAUGAAUUAUGAGCUCUGGCCUGGUUUUGCCUGAGCUUGCUCUAACAUGGCCUUACCAACUAUGUUAUACAAGUGGCCACUCACAAUACAAGAGGAGGAGGGGGCAGCGAGGGGUCACUCAGUCGAAAUACGCUCGCCCUCAGUUGGGUUAUUUUCAGAGAGUUAUAUAGACAGUCACUCAAACUUCAUAAUGCAGAAUGUUACAUUCUGUGAAUAAAUUCUGUGACUAACUG